UUCAUCCUUUUUCCGUCUCUUUCUUACCAUCCGAUUCCUCUCGCUCAUCGUCCCCUUUCCCACUCGUCCUCUUCUUCCGAUUUGAGCUCGAGAAACCCUAGUCUCUCUCGUUCUCCCACUCUCCUUCUUGGGGAAUUUUGGGUUUUAUUGUUAAUUUCGAGCUCCAUCCUCACUCCGUUUCUCCUUCUUUAUGAAUCGUACGGCUGUGUUCCCCUAGUUCUGAAGCAAGCUAGGGUUUUUACCUGAACAGUUGAAAUGCCAUCGGAUAAGAAGCCGGAUUUGGUUAUGGAUGAUCAUGGAGUCGUCCAGUGUUCUUUUGCUGUGGAGUACGACGGUCCGCCAUUGCCGUACGAUCUCCCUCGUGCUGUUCCGAUCAAUGUCGAGAGAAUCCCAGUAGCCGCUGUGGUCUCUCCUGUCUGUCUCGCCGACAACUUGUCCUUUCCGGUUGUUCAGCCGAUUGUGUCUGGGGAUCCUCUGAGCAAGAAGUUCCCCAGAGAGAGGAUCCCUUCUUCGGUUUCUCCGACAUCUGUGAUCGGCAACUGCGGAUCUAACGACAUGGAACUGGUCUCCGAGUCCACCGUGUCGCCGACUUCGGUCAUUGCUUUCGAGGAGAGGACCGAGGAAGGCGCGAACUGCGGAUUGUCUGGUGAGUUGAGUUGCUCCAAUUAUGGCUCCGGCGAGUUGUCUGAAUUGGUGAAUCGUUCUAGGCAACUGGGAUCUUGUUCGAUUAAUCAUGAGCAGUCGAACACUCUUGAGUUCUCCGAUAGUUUUGAUAAGUCUAGAAAUAGUUCGGUGAGGUUGAGGUUGCCGCAUGGAAGGGAAGAGAGCUUAGAUUUGAAUGAUUCGAACCCAUUGCCUGAUUGGGAGUCUAAUGAAUCUGUCUUGAGUAUGGAUUAUCCGUCUUCGCGGGUUUCAUCUAUGAAGACAGGGGAUUGCCUUAAUGAAGCAAAUGGCGAUGGUAGGAGGCAACCGGUUGUUACUUUCCGUGAUAUCGCCUCUGAUGAUGCCUUCGUGGUUGAGGAUUCUAUUCAGGAGCAGACACGAGCAAUGCCAGUUAAGAAGCAGCCACAGACAAAGGGAAAAAAGGGAUCUUGUUAUAGGUGUUUCAAGGGAAGCCGGUUUACAGAGAAGGAGGUGUGUCUUGUUUGUGAUGCCAAGUAUUGUAGCAACUGUGUGCUUCGUGCGAUGGGUUCAAUGCCCGAAGGGAGGAAAUGUGUUACUUGCAUUGGUUGUCCAAUUGAUGAACCGAAACGUGGAAGUUUGGGGAAAUGUUCAAGGAUGCUUAAGAGGUUGCUGAAUGAUUUGGAGGUCAAGCAGAUAAUGAAAGCCGAGAAGUUUUGUGAAGCAAAUCAACUACCGGCCGAGUAUGUUUAUGUGAAUGGACAACCUCUCCAUCAUGAAGAACUGGUUGCACUGCAGACUUGCCCCAAUCCUCCCAAAAAGCUAAAACCAGGGAGUUAUUGGUAUGAUAAAGUUUCCGGUCUUUGGGGAAAGGAAGGAGAAAAGCCUUCUCAGAUAAUUAGUCCCCAUCUGAAUGUUGGAGGUCCUAUUAGUCCAGAUGCUAGCAACGGAAACACACAAGUUUUCAUUAAUGGUCGUGAGAUUACAAAAGUUGAGCUCCGUAUGCUGCAGUUGGCAGGAGUUCAAUGUGCAGGUAACCCCCACUUCUGGGUGAAUGAGGAUGGAUCAUAUCAAGAAGAAGGGCAGAAGAAUACAAAGGGAUAUAUAUGGGGCAAGGCUGGGACCAAGCUACUGUGUGCCGUCUUGUCACUUCCAGUACCUUCUAAAUCUGCAACGAACCCUUCUGGUGAACAACUCUACAGCAUGAAUAGCAGAAGCAUUCCUGACUAUCUCGAGCACAGGACAUUGCAAAAGAUUCUUUUGGUUGGAUAUAAAGGAUCUGGAACAAGCACAAUAUUCAAGCAGGCAAAGAUCCUUUACAAGGACAUACCAUUCUCAGAGGACGAGCGUGAAAAUAUAAAGGUGACUAUCCAGACCAAUGUGUAUGGUUAUCUCGGUGUGCUUCUUGAGGGUCGGGAGCGGUUCGAAGAUGAGGCUCUUAUUGACAUGAGGGUAGAGCAGUCUGCCCAUGGAAAUGGUCCCGCAGAUGAAGGUGAUGAUGCUAAAAGCAAUAUCAAGACUUUGUAUUCGAUUGGUCCAAGGCUUAAAGCAUUCUCUGACUGGCUAUUGAAGACUAUGGUUUCUGGAAAACUUGAGGCCAUUUUCCCAGCAGCUACUCGUGAGUACGCCCCAGUGAUUGAGGAGCUAUGGCGGGAUACUGCAGUCCAAUCAACUUACAAGCGAAGAAGUGAGCUAGGACUCCUCCCCAGUGUUGCGAGCUACUUUUUGGAACGUGCUAUUGACAUAUUGAAAAUGGACUAUGAGCCUUCGGAUUUGGAUAUUCUUUACGCUGAAGGAGUUACCUCAUCCAGUGGUCUAGCUUGUGUCGAUUUCUCGUUUCCCCAGUCGGUAUCCGAGGAGAACCUCGACCCUUCUGAUCAACAUGAUGCUCUGCUCAGGUACCAGCUCAUCAGAGUACCCUCGAGGGGCCUCGGAGAAAACUGCAAGUGGAUAGAGAUGUUCGAGGACGUGGGGAUGGUUGUGUUUGUCGUUGCACUGAGCGACUAUGACCAAUUCUCGGAAGACGGAUCAAACAAGAUGAUACAAAGCAGGAAACUCUUCGAGAGCGUAAUCACACAUCCGGUCUUCGAGCACAUGGACUUCCUCUUGAUACUCAACAAAUUCGACCAACUGGAAGAGAAGAUAGAACGGGUUCCAUUGACAAGGUGCGAGUGGUUCCAAGAGUUCCAGCCGGUGGUCAGCCGCCACCGAGCCAACGGCGGCAGCAGCAGCAGCAGCCCGUCGCUGGGACAGGUGGCGUUCCAUUACAUAGCGGUGAAGUUCAAGAGGUUUUACGCGUCGGUGACUGGGAAAAAGCUGUAUGUGACAAUGAACAAGGGCUUGGAUCCGAACAGUGUGGAUAUGUCUCUCAAGUUUGCAAAGGAGAUUCUCAAGUGGGGUGAAGAGAGAACAAACAACAUUUGUCUGAGCGAUUACUCAAUGUACAGCACCGAAGCUAGUUCCUUCUCUCAUUGAUUUGUCUUUUUAAUGUAGAAAUGAAUAUGUUGUUCUGUCA